AGAAAAGUAACUGUUCUCACGGGACAUCUCUGAAAUCAUCUUCCUCUCAUGUUAUGAAAAGCCAACCCAAUUCAACAAAUCUUUCCUUAUUGGAAAAUCUGAAAAAAGCUUGUUGAUAUAUGAUCCCUCCAUUUCUUGUCAGUAUUUUUCUUUAGAACCGAUGUUCCUAAACCAGUUCAUGCACUUCCUAAAAUCAAAUCACACUUUCAGAAGAAAAAUAACUUUUGAUUGUGUGUUUUGAUAACUUUUUGUUAAUUCUACGUACUAUAUUUGUGUAUAUAUUCGAUGGCUACCUCGUGCUUUAAUCCAUUUCGACUGCGAAAGUUGAAGAGCAAAUCUUUAUCAAUUCCUUCUACUUCAAGAACACAGUUAAACUAUGAUGCAGUCAAUAUGGAGAGAAAGAGAGUUGACAGUUUGGAAUCAUGGUCAAUGAUAUUGGAUUCUGAGAAUAUUGAGACUUGGGAAGCAUCUGGAGAUCAAGAGGAAUGGACGGCUGAUCAUUCUCAGUUAUUUAUAGGCAAUAAGUUUGCUUCUGGUGCACAUAGUAGAAUUUACAGAGGAAUUUAUAAGCAGAGAGCAGUUGCUGUAAAAAUGGUGAGAAUUCCAACUCAUAAUGAGGAAACUAGAACUUUGCUUGAACGACAAUUCAAGUCGGAAGUCGCCCUUCUUUCGCGUCUUUAUCAUCCCAAUAUAGUGCAGUUUAUUGCUGCUAGUAAAAAGCCUCCUGUAUACUGUAUCAUUACCGAAUACAUGUCACAAGGGACUCUAAGGAUGUAUCUAAACAAGAAAGAGCCAUACUCACUUUCAACCGAGACGAUUCUUAGGUUAGCCCUUGAUAUAUCACGGGGAAUGGAGUAUCUUCAUUCACAAGGGGUGAUACACAGAGACCUCAAAUCGAGCAACUUGCUAUUAAACGAUGAGAUGAGGGUUAAGGUUGCGGAUUUUGGCACGUCUUGUCUCGAAACACAAUGCCGCGAAGCCAAAGGGAAUAUGGGGACUUACCGGUGGAUGGCACCGGAGAUGAUCAAGGAGAAACCGUAUACUCGGAAAGUUGACGUUUAUAGUUUUGGGAUCGUGCUAUGGGAGCUCACAACAGCUUUGCUUCCUUUUCAAGGAAUGACUCCUGUGCAAGCUGCUUUCGCUGUGGCCGAGAAGAAUGAGCGACCGCCAUUGGCAGCAAGUUGUCAACCUGCUCUCGCACAUCUUAUGAAGCGCUGCUGGGCAGCAAAUCCCUCCAAGCGUCCAGAUUUCAGUGACAUUGUAUCUGCUCUGGAAAAGUACGACGAGUGUGUAAAAGAGGGUCACCCACUUACUCUUCACUCAGGGUUAGCAAGCCGAAACGCCAUUGUCGAACGCUUAAAAAGCUGUGUAUCCAUGAAUUCAUCUAUACCUGUACAUACCUGACUCUUUUGGACAAGUAUUCACAUUUUAUUCUGCUGCUAAUUUGGCUUACCAGAGUAGAUAGAUUGGUUUGUAGAUAGUAUUAUGCUAUUUGUACAAAGUGUGUUUACAAAUUUAGUUGACAAAAUAAGUGUUGGCAAAAUCCAGGUAAUUGAUUUCCAAUAAUUUAAGAAUCUGUUUUUGAAAUGAUUAGUGUAGAUAUUAUUUUGUCAACCAACUUUGUACAUAUAGCAUAACCCUUGUAGAUAUUCACUGUUUUCUAUAUUUUAGGACUUAUAAUCGGCAAUAGUGAUGAGUGAACCUUAUGAUCAUGCUUGGUAGUAUACAGUAUUGUAUAGGACUAAACAGGACACUGUUACAAUACGUAUAUCAAAUAUUCUCAAUGAAUAAGUAAUAUGUUCAUAUGCU